CAGCUGUCCCUAUUCUUAUCAAAGUGUCACCGAUAAUAAGAAGUAACAACAAAUUUUUUAAAUAAAUGUAUCUGUUGUUUAAUAUCAAAUAACAGUAAACAAACGAUGUAGUUUAUAGCUACAUUAUAACACCUCCACUUGAAUUACCUUAUCAACAAGAUGAAAAACGGAUUCGAACGAUGUGUCUCCAUCUAGAUAGCUAUGGAAGACAAUUUAAGUGUUAAAUCAAACGAAUCUAUAGCUACUAGUGAGGAGUUUGAUUUUGUUACUGACAAGCCGGGAAUAAGCAGAACGCCCACUUUGGAAAUUAAAAACGGGGAUUUGACGCAACUCAAAGAUGCAUUAACAGAGGUGCUUUUGGAAGCAAGCAUGGGCGAUGAAUUUGAUAGCAAUUCCAGCACUAAACAGGUCGGUCUAUCUAAAUUCUACGGCUAUCCUGUUGGACCAGGUGACGACCCCCUUACUGGAGAAGGAAACUUAUCUCCUACAGAAAAACAAGACUCGAUGAAAGCUGGAUCAAGUGAAGAGGAUGUAUCAGAUAUUGAUCAAGACUGCACAAUUUUCUCCGGGGUGACUUACCUUGGAGCCGCAACUAUCAAUGCCCCAAAAUCUGAAGCAGAAAUUCAACGCAAUAUGGCUAUUCUGAAUGAACAAAGUGUAGAUCUUGGAAUUAAAGUAGCUGUUUCUGUACCUAGUUCCUCACAAGGAAUUGUUGUGUUGUAUGAUGCCAACAGUAAUUCUGUGAUAUCUAGGUAUGAAAUACACAGGAUAUUAUUCUAUGCUCGUGGACCCGCACAUAGUCAAGAACAGGGGUGUUUUGCUUUCACCUGGUCACAUGGUGAAACACAAGAGUCUGCUAUCUUUCAGUGUCAUGUCUUUAGGUGUGAUAUAGCAGAAGCAGUGACUAGAGUAUCUGCAUGUUUUGCGAAGGCCUUCCAAAGAGUUUCCCGUUCCAUGAGUAGUUCAGUAACUUCCGCAGCUGAUAUGACAGGAUCCAUAACAACUCUGCCAGAAGCUAGAACUCUUAUGUACGUCUUCGAAGUAAACCUUGAAAUAAAGGAAGAUGAUGGAAAGGGUGGAUUUUGUGCAGUGGGCAAAGAUAAGCAUGGAUUCAAACUGAAGACAAAUUCAGUAAAGCAGUUGUGUCUCACAAUCAAGCAGGUAUCAGAUAAUGGACCGCAACUUCUGAUUGAAAGGUGCUUUGGUGUGCUUGUUGCUGCAGGUAGGCAUGUGAGACAUUCUGACAUGCAACUUCUAGAAAUGAGGGACAAAACUACCACAAAUACGUCUUUGGACAAGAAUAACACUCAGAUUUGUGCUACUUGGGAUCCCACAGAGGCUAAUUUUGAAGCUUUGAACGUGGAAACACCGAAGGACAUCAAGCAAUAUAUGACCAUUGCUGUAGACUUAGUUAUAAGAGGAAUACAGGAACCUGUGCGGUUUCAGAUUGAAACAAAGGUCAGGCUCUAUGGUCAAAAUGAGAGAAAUUUCUGGUAUUUCCAGAAAAAGAAUCUCACCCAACAGUUCUUCCUCAAUCUCAAAGAGGUUCCCUCAGCAGAAGAUGUUUAUUAUGAUGUGUUGAGCAUGGAGACAUCUGGAGAGUUGGACAGAAACUUACUCAAUUUGAAUUUGAAUCUAACCAGUUUGAUCCAAUCGCCUAGUAUAAAUUCGAUAGAUACCAUCACGCCAAAAGAAGAAUACUUCUCGGAUGGAGAUGAACCAUUGCUCAGUGGCACAGGAUUGGUGUCUAAGGAUUGUUCAGAAGAUGUGCUGGACAAUUGGGCAGAAGUACUUAAUCAAUGGAAGACUACUAAUAAACGUCCUAAGCAACUCACAUCUCUAGUCAAGAUGGGAAUUCCAGAGGCUCUAAGAGGAGAAGUAUGGCAGAGACUUGCUGGUAUUGAGGAAAAUAUGGAGAUGAUGGACAAUUAUCGUGUCCUUAUAACAAAGGAAAGCAAUUGUGAGAAUGUGAUACUAAGCGACAUUGCAAGAACUUUUCCGGCUCAUGAUUUCUUCAAGGAAGUUGGUGGUUUGGGACAAGAUUCACUUUACAGAGUGAGUAAAGCUUAUGCAGGCUACGAUUCCGAAGUUGGUUAUUGCCAAGGAUUAAGUUUUCUAGCAGCCACCCUCCUAUUACACAUGCCUGAAGAGCAGGCAUUCUGCGUGUUGUUAAAACUGAUGUACGAGUAUGGGCUGAGAGAUUUGUAUAAAGAUGGUUUCGAUAACCUUUACUUGCGUCUGUAUCAGCUCAAUCGUUUAAUGGAGGAACAGCUGCCAUCGCUGUCUCAGCAUUUUGCCGAACAUAGUGUUGAGACUCACAUGUUCGCUUCUCAAUGGUUUUUAACCCUUUUCACUGCCAGAUUUCCACUCUACUUUGUAUUCCACAUCAUCGAUGUGUUUCUAUUACAAGGGAUUGACACAAUAUUCCAAAUCGCCCUGGCUCUAUUGAUGUUGUGCAAGAAGGACCUUCUGCAGUUGGACUUUGAGGGAAUAUUGAAAUACAUUAGGGUUUCCCUUCCGAAAAAAUGCAGAACCGAAGAGUCUGCAAGGCAGCUUAUCAAGUUAGCUUGCAAUAUUAAGCUAAAAAAAUUGAGGAAGUAUGAAAGCGACUUCAAUGACUUAAAAGACAACUGGGAAAUUAUCAAUUUGGAUUCAGAGCAAGCUAAUAACGUGGAGGAGGCCAACGAGAUGGAACAGAUCAAGACUGUGAUGACUAACCAAGAGGAAGAGAUCAAACUUCUCAGGGACGAGAUCGAUCAGCUGAAAGGUAUGUUGAAGAGGGAGAUAAAUCAAGCCGAGAAUGACAAGAAGACCAAUUUAACGAUAAUUCAGGAUUACGAGGUUUGUAAGAGCCAGAUGGAUACCAAACUUCAAGCUGUGAAGAAGGAACUCGAAAUAUUGAAGAUGAAAAUACACUCCUGCGACAAAUGUUCUAAACACAUAGAGCCAUUAGAUAAAAAAAUAGAAUAUAUAAUGGCAUCUGGGGAUCAAAUAACUCACGACGAUAAAGCAAGAGACAGGAUAAGAGAACUAGAACUGGAAUUAGCUGAGACAAAAUUGGCUAGAGUGGAGGCAGAAUGCAGGAAUCAGGAUCUCACACAUCAACUUCGGGCUGCCGAGUUGGAUUUGACGACCACAAAAAACAGUUGGCCACCUUGGUUGAGUAAGACCUUGACAUCCAUCAAAGAGGCAGCGAAACAGAAAGAAUUCCCUUCUUUCAAUUAUCCCACAAAUUACCCUAACUUGAGUCAGAAUCCCUCCUUUGUGUCACACGUGGGACCUGUCAAACGUGACAGUCUACCAAGUGACCACACGACAAUAUCCAAAGAGAGACCAGGAGAAUCACCGCCCCUAUUGAAAGAUUCUCAAAGUUGCAGCAGCCUUAAAAGCCAUAACUAGUGAAUAUAUUUCUCCAAAAGCCAUUUUCAGGUGCUUUUGAGUAUUCUGGAAAUAAAAUGAAUAACGAUCAAAACAAAUAAUUUAAGAUAUCGCCGGAUAGCAAUGAAACCAAUAAAAUAUCAUUUAUUUUGCACAAAAGUGCCUGAAGAUCGGAUUCAACAGUGAAAAUGUAGGUAUAUUUUCAUUCUGAGCAAUUUUUACAAAGAAAUAUUUCGAUACUAUCGAAUAGUGGGGAUUUUUCCCAAGAUACUUAUGUUUUAUAUAUACAAUAACUACGUGCUGAAGUAAGUUGGUGUUUUUUUUUUUUUUUCUGAACAAUUCAAUCACAUUGAUAUGAUUCAUGAUAUUAAUAUAUACCCCAUGAUAUUGAAAAGUUCAUUUUGUUACAGCAAAGUAUUUUAUUUAUUUUAGUUUUUUUUCAGAAAAAACUUGAUUUUGUGAAAAGCUGAGAUUUUUCACCAUUUUGGGGUAAAACAUGUGAACCAUUUCUUUAUCUUGUAUGGUAUUAACCUUAACUCUAUUCAGAUAGAGUUGAAGUUUCUGAUAUUUUACCUAGUCCAAAGAAUUAAAUUCUCAAAAAAUGAAAAAUAUGUGAGUCACUUGAAUGGUAUAAAAUAGAAUAUUCUUGAUGUCAACUUCUUAUGUCGUAUGUUAUUCAACGAUAAUUGAUUUUGAUUUGUUUUUAUUUUCCUUCACAACUUAGAUUUAAAUUGGUAUGUGUCCUAUGUUAUUUUUGAUUUAUAGAAACAUACUAAAUAAAAUAUAUGUUGCAUUAUUUGGCUACUUAAACGUGCCAUCAGUUUAGUGAUAGCUUUCGUGAUAGUCCUUUUAUUGAUACUAAAAAACUUGCACUUAUUUUUAAUAAAAAUUCAAUACUC